AUGGGCUUCCCAUUCAACGAACAAUUACCAAAUGUAGCCAGAGUUAACGAAGCUUACACAUUCACAUUUGCGAAAUCCACAUACAAAUCUACUAGCGAAGGAGGCUCUGAUAAUAUCCAGUACAAUGUCACAUCACUACCAUCGUGGCUCUCAUUUGACUCUGAAAGCAGAACAUUCACAGGUACCCCAGACUCAUCGGACGAGGGGGAGUUUCAAAUCACACUUGUAGGAGUAGACCAACUGGACGAUUCAAGUAUGGAAAACUCGUACUCAAUGGUUGUAUCUUCACUGCCUGACUUGGACUCAAACAGUUUUAAUUUAUACGAUGAAUUGACUUCAAUGGGCCAAACAAACGGAGGCGAUGGUCUCGUCCUCAAGCAAGGAGACGAAUUUAGCUUUACAUUCCCCAAAAUUGACGACUCAGUUGCCUAUUAUGGAAGAUCCUCCGAUAGAACAUCUUUGCCCAAUUGGGUCAAAUUCAGUGGUAAUACAUUCUCGGGUACGGUCCCUUAUGCAACCCUGGAAAAUUCACCUUCUCAAGCAUUCAACUUGAACUACAUCGCAACUGAUAUUGCAGGCUACGCUGCAGUGGUUAAAACUUUUGAAAUUUUAGUUGGAGGACACCAAUUAUCUACCGACUUGAAAGAAGCCAUAGAAAUCGAAGGAUAUAAGAAUGAAGAGGUUGAAGAAGACGUUCCACUUUCGCACGUCUUUUUAGAUGGUGCACAAAUUGCUAAAGAGAACAUUUCUUCAGUUAUAGGUGAUGACUUGCCAGACUAUUUGGAAUUAGACACAAGUGACUACACUAUAAGUGGCACAUUACCCAAUGACGAAAGUGAUGGCUCAAACUCAACAACGUUUAAUGUACAAAUAGAGGAUAUCUACGGAAACAAGGUACAAAUACCCUAUUCAGUGCGAAUAAGCAAAGAAACAAGUCUGUCUUCGAUCUAUGAAAGCAGUUACACCGCCUCAAGUUCUUCUUCUUCUUCUACUACUUCUUCGUCGUCGUCGUCACUGUCGCGCUCUCUGACUACAUCCUCUGCAUCUGCCUCAGCAACAUCAUCAUCAUCAUCUACAGCUGAGACAUCUUCUGCUGCAGCUGCAGCAGCAACAAUUCAUAAUAAAUCAAGCAAUAACAAUCUUGCAAUUGGUUUAGGAGUAGGACUCGGUGUGGGCAUUCCGCUCUUGGCUCUUUUGAUUCUCGGGUUAUGUUGCUGUUGCAGGAGAAGGAAAAAUAAAGAUAAGACUGCUUCAGCUUCUACUGCUGCUGGAGCUGGCGCUGGCGCUGCUGCUGCGGCGGCGGAUAUGGAAAAGGGCACAUACGACGAUGCUUCGCCUGGGUCCAACUAUACUGCAACAAGUACCUCGUUUGCUCCAUUAACACAAUUAACUCCUGCCAGUGUAUCACAGCUCAAUUUGAUGAAACUUGAAAAAUCAGCCGCAGCCAACGACUCUGAUCUAUCACUAUCCUCAUUAACGACGCACGUUAACGAUGAAGACCAGCAAUUACAGCAACAACAACAACAACAACAACAAAACCAUCUAGACUCACAAGGAGAACAACAACAACCUGUUGUGACAAGUUGGCGAGCGGAUGCCAAAACAGAUAAUAAAGAAGUAACUUCUCAAGCGCAAGAUCCACUUCGAUUCAGCACGGCGACAACUUCUACAGUGAAUACAGAUAACUUGUUCACUGUACGCUUAGUCGAUGAUAAUAACGGUGACAACUCUGCAAGACUGUCGAAUCAAGUUUACUCGCGUCAAAGUGGAAACACCAGUAAAACAGCCUCACAAUUAAUGCUAGUCCCUGAAGCCAAUUUAGUGGAGUUUACUACACGAAGAGGUAGUUUACGAGACUCGAGUUUUGAACCAGACCAUGUACACAUGGAGGAACGUGCCAGCUUCCACCUGAAUGAUGAUAGCGUAUGA